AUGCCUAACGCAGAUAACUCUUAUAAGCGCGCUGUUCACAACCACUACCAGGGGCUUCACAUCGCCCUCGUAUAUGACAGCACUCCUCACGGUCCUCAGCACCAGCAAACUUGGACCACUAUGCCAACCGUCAACGGUCAGGCGUUAUUGACCAGCCGUGUCGCGGGCAAGUCCAGGAAGGAAGCCGAAGAGAAUGCAGCGAGGCAGGUGUGGGACACCGUCAUCAAUGCCUAG